CAAGCUGGUGACCUUUCACCUUCGGCAAUGUUUGUUAGCCUGAAUGAACGGAAGGUAUGACCCACCGCCCCGUAGACAAGGCCGUGGUUUUACAGACCGUGUUGUUGUUAUGUAGUCCAGCCUCGCAGGACGAGCAGCGAGGAGUCAAACGAAGAUGACCCGCUAACAAGUGUGAUGGCUGUGGCAGGGUCCGUGACAGCGGAGAGGUAGCUCCAGGGGCGUAGAGUGGCCCAGGCCAGCAGAAUGCAGCAGAAAGGGGCCAUCCAGAUCAUCGAAUGGGAGGACCUGGACAAGAGGAAGUUUUACUCCCUGGGGGUCUUCAUGACCAUGACCACCAGGGCCACCGUCUACCCUGCCAGCCUCAUCCGUACCCGGCUCCAGGUGCAGAAGGGCAAGGCGCUCUACUCGGGCACCUUUGAUGCCUUCUGCAAGAUCCUGCGAGCAGAGGGCGUGCAGGGUCUCUACCGUGGCUUCAUGGUCAAUACGUUCACACUGGUCUCAGGACAGGCUUACAUCACCACCUAUGAACUGGUCCGCAAGUAUGUGUCUCACUAUUCACCCAGCAACACUGUGAAGUCACUGGUUGCCGGUGGGGCAGCUUCCCUGGUGGCCCAGACCAUCACUGUGCCCAUAGACGUGGUGUCGCAGCAGUUGAUGAUGCAAGGCCAGGGGGAACACCUGACGCGCUUUAAAGUCAAACCCAAAAUGGUGAUCGCAGCAUCCAAGAGCAGACUGACUUUCGGGCAAACCCGUGACAUUGUGGUGCAGAUUUUUGCAGCUGAUGGUUUCCAGGGAUUCUACAGGGGCUACGUGGCAUCACUACUCACUUACAUCCCAAACAGUGCACUGUGGUGGCCUUUUUAUCAUUUUUAUGCAGAGCAACUCUCCCUGCUGGCACCAAGUGAGUGCCCUCAUCUGAUUCUGCAGGCUUUGGCUGGACCAAUGGCAGCAGCAACUGCCUCCACCAUCACCAACCCCAUGGACGUGGUUCGAGCCAGAGUGCAGGUGGAGGGCAGAUCGUCUGUGAUUGAGACGUUCAAGCAGCUGCUGGCAGAGGAGGGGUUGUGGGGGAUGACCAAGGGGCUGUCAGCCCGCAUCAUUUCCUCCACGCCGACGUCGGUGCUCAUCGUAGUGGGAUACGAGACUCUGAAGAGACUGAGCCUGCGAGCUGAGCUGAUCGAGACGAGACACUGGUGAAGGGCCAGAGGGAAAAUGAGGAGUGAGCCAGAGCAGCCUCACGUCAGGCUACACUUCAGCACACCCGGGCAGGAGCAGGCAGAUGGGCCUGAAUGACUUUGAUGUUUCUCCCUGCCAUAGAGUCGUUUCCGUAUGCCUUUUUAGAACUGCGUCAGCCUGAGAUUUUAGUGCAGUUGUGGAACAGGGCGCACGUGGUUAUGUUUAUCUGUGGGUUUGGUUUGGAGUCAGAGAGGGUGUUACCUCGGCCUUUUUUGCCCCCAUUCUUCAGAGUUGCCUCCACUGGUGAUUUUGUUUGUUUGAAAUGUCACUGAGACAUGCUUUACUUUAUAGUGCAUUACAUUUUAUUCCAAAAUGAGAGAUCAAUCUGAAAAAUAAUUGGACUGCUAAUACUAAAGCAUGACUGAAGGAAAAAAUGUAAAUAAAUGUGUUCUUAAAUGAUAGUAGGUCACUUAGGCCCUGAUUGAAAAAAAAAAUCACAUUUUUUUCUUUUCUUUAUGAUUUUUUCUUUAUUAUCUUGACAUUUUCCCCCUAUAUUGAUAUAUAGCCUCUUCAUAUGAAGUAGUUCUGGGACUUUCCCCUGUGUCAUAUUGUAACACUGAGCCAGUCUAAGCAUGUACACACUUGAUGUGCAUUGUGAAUGUCAGGUAGCUGUUACUUUCCAAAUAGUUGUGUUUUAAAAUAGAGCUCCUCAGUGGUGAAUUAUGUAUUUUAGGAGCAUUUGUGAAAAGUCUAUUGUGUAUUCAAGGUGCCAAAAUCUGGUGAGUAGGGGGCAAAACAGAUGCCUUCUUUCUUAAAUGCUUUGUCCUCAUAGACAGCUAUCAGAAUAACAGAUGAGGGCUUGAUAUUUGCAUGGUUGAUUCUAGUCAGGACAUUUCUGUGCAAACACAGCGAUAAAUGUCAUCUCAUCUUUGUGUACACUUACCUGAUGUGGAAAAUAAUCUGUACGGUUAUUUCAGUAUAUCCUUUCCUGUAACUAUGGAAAAACCUGCAGCGUAUAUUUCACGGUGGCAAAAUGGAGCUGAAUUUGCCAAAAACAAAUUUAAACUAAACUUAUCAUUGUUAAGCAAAAAAGUACCUUCUGUUGAGGUCUCUGAAAUCUGGGUUGGAUUUUUAUUUCUGUAAUUGUAGUUAUAUUCUUAUGAUUUCGUUAUUUUCCAGGCAGUCUGUGAAGUCACGCGGCAGUGGCACAUGUAUGCUUCACUUUAUAGUAUAUUAUUGGACUACUGAUGGAUGAUUUGAUCAGGCAGUUGUUCCUGCUUGAUUUUAGUUCAUUUUGCUUUCAUGCCUAAAUGGACUGUUCAGUGUUCAAAGUGGAGCUUGAUGGAAAAGCUGAGUAAGGGGAUUGAUACCACAGAGGCAAGGCUUAAACUCAAAGUUGCAUUAAUUUGCAGACCGCACAGUCAUCAUGAAGUACCACAGUGUUUUGUUUUGGUUUGGUUUUUUAAAUCCAUCUUCCCUCACAAAUUUAUUGAUUCCUGGGGAGAAGCUGUGUUUUCACUCUCCUGCAGGAAUAUCAGCACACAGGCUCACCUUCAGAGCCAUGUUUCUCAACGUGCUGAUCGCUGCAUCAUGUGAGAUCAAACCUGGUGUCCUCUGCUGCUGGGGACCGGGACAGGAAAGGCAGUGGAGACAUGUUUUAAAAAAAUAAGUCAGGACUCAAAGUAAUAACGCUGCACCAGCAGACAAAACUACCAGGAUGCCUUCAAAUCCUUAUUCCCCCAGUCAGCUAAUAAUGAGUUUGAAUGGUAUCGACAGCAGGUGGGAGUAGUUUCAGGGUUACACACAUUUAUACACAGGAUGCACUUUGUACAGUGAGCAGCUCCACUGAAGUAAUUUGGGAGUUUAUUGGCAUGCAGUUUUUUAAUAUACUUUUUUAAGGUACUGAAUCCCGCUUGCUCUUGGCCUGUGCUGUCACAAGGUUUCUGCAAUGUUGGAGACAACCCAUACUGCCACAGCUGGGAAGGUAUCCUGAAAACGCAACCACGUUUAGACUUAACUGCCUUGAUUACUGCCAGAAAACCGAUACAUCAAUGGACUGGUCUGAAAUUUUGUGCCCUCUCUUUUUUAACUGGUGUUUUUGUGUUUGCAGACAGCUCAUUUUGAAGUUUGUAUAUCACAAAUGUUUAUUCUGGUAAGAAUGGUGUACUUCUGAUAUUACAUGGGGAUACACUGAAAUUUCAAAAGUGAUGUGAAAUACUGUAUAAGAAUAAAUAAAGUGGAGCUUUGCUUAG